AUGAAAUCUUAAAAUUCUAUUUCUUUAUCUCCAAGAUACCAAAUUUCAAUAAGAAACCUGUUAAAAAUUAGAUAGCAACCUGAAUAAGAUGAUAAAUUAUAGACUUGGCAAUAAAUUGAUCAAUAUUUUAAUUAUUUUGCUUAGGAACCUUAAUAAUAAACGUUAAAUGCUUCAAGAACAUCAAUAAAAGUGGAUUAAUAGGUCAAUCAAACAUAUUUAGAAUAUUUUAAUAAAAAAUAAAAAGAAAUAAAACAUGAUGCAUUUACUAGUAUUAUUAAAUCAUGCACUGAAUACUUUAUUGAUACUUUAUAUAUUGCUUUGAUUGGUGAUUAAUUAAAUGAUAAAUAGGAUAAAAUUGGCACGAUUUCAUAAAUCCUGAUUAGUUUUGGUAUUUAACCAGGCGGAUUAAAAAAUUUAAACGAAUGUGAAAAAAGAGAAUAUAUAAUUAAAAAAUUUCAUAAUACAAUUGAUAAUUUAUUAGAGAAAUGGAAAGAAAAGGUCGAGAGUCGAUAAUAAUAAUAAAUAACAACUAAGGUUGAAACAAAGAUAUAGCCCUAACCUUUGAAAUGGUUAAAUAUCAAUACGAAAUAUUAAUCUUUAAAAAUUCCUUUAGCAUAAGUUCUCUAUAGAAAACUAGAUGAAUUACAUGAUAUUUAAUAAUUGAUAGUUAAAUAGAAAUAGAUUAAAUUAAAUGAUAUCACAAGGCCAACUAUUUUAGAGUUGAUAAAAAGAAUGGAUCCAUAAAUAGGUAAGCUUUUUAUAUCUUUAAAUUCUUCUAAAAAUAUAGAAUCGAUAAAAGUGAAUAAAAAGUAAGAUGUUAUUCAAUAAAAUACAAUAAUAAACAAAAUGUAAAAGUUUUAAUGGGAUGAAGAAUUAGAAGGAGCCUUUUUAGAGAAUAGACAAAGAAGUUAAAAUAAAUAUGCUAAUAGAAUCACAACUUGUAAUUUUAAUAUAAUGGGAUAUUUGCCAUUAAUAUAAACAUUAAAUAGACGUUAAAAUAUUAAAUCUAGAAAUAAUGAAGAUGAAGUUAUAUAUGAAGAAAUAAAAUUUGCAAAAUCAUUUAGUAAAUUUCUUGCUAGAUGUGUUGAUAAAAAGUAACUUUAAAAUGCUGUGAAUUAAGUUGAUAGUGAUUAGAUUUCAGCUUUAGAAGGUAAUUUGGCAGAACAUAUUAUUGAAACACAUUAAAGCAUUGUUAAAAUUAUUUAAUAAGCAAGACAUUAAUUUUUAGUCAAGAGAACUUAGUAUUUAAGAUUAAAAAGUGAGGAAAGAGAGGAUAAUCUGAGAAGGGAAAAAAGAAAAAAAAGUGAAAAAUAAGAAAUGAAAAUCAAGAUAAAGAGAUAUGAAAUGAUUUAUAAACGUAAUAAGAAUAGAAAUUUUUUUGUUAUUUAUUUUGCAAAUAUUGUAAUGGAUAAAAUUAGAUAAAGAAGAAAAAGAUUAUAACCUAAAAUAUUUAACUUUAAGAUAUCAUAAAAUAAUAAAAAAAGAUUUUCAAGAUCUCCUACUUAAGAAUAAAGACAAAGAUGCAUUACUGAAUUUUCUACUGGGCCUGUUAGAUUUAAACCAACAAAAAUUUUAAUGACAGCUAAAAUUAUUAUUAAGAUUUAAGCUUUAGUCAGACGCUUCUUAGCUUAUAGAUUUUAUAAGAAGCUAUUAAGAAAUAAAUUGAAAAAAAUUUUUAAAAUUUAUAAGCAAUAAUAAAGAUUUAAAUUUUGA